CCAGCUCCCUCGCCAACUCCGGGCCCCAGCCGCGGGCGGGCGCACGGCGGGCGGACAGCAUGCUGAGCCUCCUCGUCUGGAUCCUCACUCUCUCCGAUACUUUCUCCCAAGGGACCCAGACCCGCUUCAGCCAGGAGCCAGCCGACCAGACCGUGGUGGCCGGACAGCGGGCCGUGCUCCCCUGUGUGCUGCUCAACUACUCUGGGAUUGUGCAAUGGACCAAGGACGGGCUGGCCCUGGGCAUGGGCCAGGGCCUCAAAGCCUGGCCGCGGUACCGGGUCGUGGGCUCCGCGGACGCCGGGCAGUACAACCUGGAGAUCACAGAUGCCGAGCUCUCUGACGACGCCUCCUACGAGUGCCAGGCCACGGAGGCCGCCCUGCGCUCCCGGAGGGCCAAGCUCACCGUGCUCAUCCCCCCGGAGGACACCAGGAUUGACGGAGGCCCUGUGAUUCUGCUGCAGGCAGGCACCCCGCACAACCUCACAUGCCGAGCCUUCAACGCCAAGCCUGCAGCCACCAUCAUCUGGUUCCGGGACGGGACACAGCAGGAGGGUGCUGUGGCCAGCACGGAGUUGCUGAAGGAUGGGAAGAGGGAGACCACCGUGAGCCAGCUGCUCAUUAACCCCACAGACCUGGACAUCGGGCGCGUCUUCACCUGCCGCAGCAUGAAUGAGGCCAUCCCAAGUGGCAAGGAGACUUCCAUCGAGCUGGAUGUGCACCACCCUCCUACAGUGACCCUGUCCAUUGAGCCACAGACGGUGCAGGAGGGUGAGCGUGUCGUCUUCACGUGCCAGGCCACAGCCAACCCCGAGAUCCUGGGCUACAGGUGGGCCAAGGGGGGGUUCUUGAUUGAAGACGCCCAUGAGAGUCGCUAUGAGACGAAUGUAGAUUAUUCCUUCUUCACGGAGCCUGUCUCUUGUGAGGUUCACAACAAAGUGGGGAGCACCAACGUCAGCACUCUAGUAAAUGUCCACUUUGCCCCGCGGAUCGUGGUUGACCCCAAACCCACGACCACAGACAUUGGCUCUGAUGUGACCCUCACCUGUGUCUGGGUUGGGAAUCCCCCCCUCACUCUCACCUGGACCAAAAAGGACUCAAACAUGGGGUCCAGGCCUCCUGGCUCCCCACCCGAGGCUGCUCUCUCUGCCCAGGUCCUGAGUAACAGCAACCAGCUGCUGCUGAAGUCGGUGACUCAGGCAGAUGCCGGCACCUACACCUGCCGGGCCAUCGUGCCUCGGAUCGGAGUGGCUGAGCGGGAGGUGCCACUUUAUGUGAAUGGGCCCCCCAUUAUCUCCAGCGAGGCGGUGCAGUAUGCUGUUAGGGGUGACGGUGGCAAGGUGGAGUGUUUCAUUGGGAGCACACCACCUCCAGACCGCAUAGCCUGGGCAUGGAAGGAGAACUUCUUGGAGGUGGGUACCCUGGAGCGCUACACAGUGGAGAGAACCAACUCGGGCAGCGGGGUGCUGUCCACGCUCACCAUCAACAACGUCAUGGAGGCCGAUUUUCAGACCCACUACAACUGCACUGCCUGGAACAGCUUUGGGCCGGGCACUGCGAUCAUACAGCUAGAAGAGCGAGAGGUGUUACCUGUGGGUGUCAUCGCUGGGGCCACCAUCGGCGCGGGCAUCCUGCUCAUCUUCUUCUUCAUCGCCUUGGUAUUCUUCCUCUACCGGCGCCGCAAAGGCAGUCGCAAGGACGUGACCUUGAGGAAGCUGGACAUCAAAGUGGAGACAGUGAACCGGGAGCCACUCACGAUGCAUUCUGACCGGGAGGACGAUACCGCCAGUGUGUCCACAGCGACCCGGGUCAUGAAGGCCAUCUACUCGUCCUUUAAGGAUGACGUGGAUCUGAAGCAGGACCUGCGCUGCGACACCAUCGACACCCGGGAGGAGUAUGAGAUGAAGGACCCCACCAAUGGCUACUACAACGUGCGUGCCCACGAAGACCGCCCGUCUUCCAGGGCAGUGCUCUAUGCUGACUAUCGCGCCCCUGGCCCUGCCCGCUUCGAUGGCCGCCCCUCAUCCCGUCUCUCCCACUCCAGCGGCUAUGCCCAGCUCAACACCUACAGCCGGGCCCCUGCUUCCGACUAUGCCCCUGAGCCUGCACCCCCUGGCCCUGCUCCCCCAGCUGGCACUGACACAACCAGCCAGCUGUCCUACGAGAACUAUGAGAAGUUCAACUCCCAUCCCUUCCCCGGGGCAGCUGGGUACCCCACCUACCGACUGGGCUACCCCCAGGCCCCACCCUCCGGCCUGGAGCGGACCCCAUAUGAGGCGUACGACCCCAUUGGCAAGUACGCCACGGCCACUCGAUUCUCCUACACCUCGCAGCACUCGGACUAUGGCCAGCGAUUCCAGCAGCGCAUGCAGACUCACGUGUAGGGGCCAGAGCCUGGCUGGGGCAUCUCUGCGGGGCAGAGGAGAAGGCUUUCACAGCUGUUCCCUGAUAUUCAGGGGCAUUGCUCAUUGCUCCCUUCUCGGACCAGCCUUCCUCCUCCGCCGUGGCAGGUGGGGAGCAGGUCUCCCAGAAACACCCCGUCCUGAGGAUGGUGCUCUGUGCAUGCCCCAGCCUCCUGGGCCUGCCCUUCCCUCUUCUUCGGGAGGGUGUGUCUCUUCUGACCUGCGCUCUUGCCUGACCCCAGCAAGGGGACAGGGAAUGUGAAGGUUGGGGAGAGCAGAGGGGGCACUUUUUAGCAUUCCCUUUCUAUCCCACCCUUCUGGUCGCCCAUAAGUGGGAAAGAGGGUCUAUGGGGCUGGGCAGGCUUUGGCCUAGGGGACAUGGAGUAUGGGAGUGGGUGGCUGUGGCACAGGCAGGUGGAAAACGGCGUAGCUCGGCCAGUCCCUCUGUUGUGUGCAUUCAUGCCCUGGGUGCAUCUUUCCCUCCUUAGGGGACUGCAGAAGGGACCUUGGAUUUAUUUUAGCUCUUGUCUACAGAACAGCCCUGGCACUGAGUUCAAAUCCAGCCCUCAUUCAGCAGGGAUCAAAAUGCCAGUCACUCUGGCUGCCCACUGUGGACACCCGUCUGUUAGCGUGCAGGGGGAGCCAGGAGUCCCCAGCAGCACCGCCCGCCUUCCUUUUCUAUGCUGGGCCAGCCAGAUAAGUCGGGGUUCUGGUGGAGAAGGACCGUGUCCUAAUUGACCCAGAGACCGCUGUUGCAUAGCAGCUUCCAGAACCGACGCUAGAGGGAGCCGCCCGAGCCCCCUCUCUCCCCGUCUGCCCCACUUCCUCGCUUUCACUCUGAGCCCGCUUGAGGAAGGGUGAGGUAGGGUGGGGUGCUGUGGGCUAUUUUUCAAAGACAACAAAAACAAUGAAAACCUCAUUUGGGGAAAAAAAAAGCUGUAGGGAUUCCCCCACCUGAAUACAAGUCCCAGUGGACGGAAAAGGGGGCACCUGUUCUUCUCCACCAGGUUCCUAACACCCUCCAUUACUCUUUCAGUCUCCAAGCACUUUGAAUCCAUUUUAUACAUUCAGGCGGUGAGACCUGUCACACCGGGGGGCGCUCUGAUAGGAUUAGGGCAGGGGCCUGGCUCUCAGACUCUACUGUCCUACCUGAGGGCCCACCCUCUGGUUAGAGGCCACCUUCCAGGGGGCAUGGGAGAUGUUCUCUUCAGACAGGUUUUUGUUAAGUGUCUUUUUUUUCUUGGACCAAUCAGAUUCCUUCUCCCACUUUCAGUGCCUUGAGCGUCAAGCUUUGGAUGACCCACCCAUGUGGGCGGUUGUGCAGCGAGCGGGUACUGUGAGCCUCAAACAUGCUGUCAGAUGUUACAGUGUUGGGAGAGGCAGGGCCGGGAGACGCCCUGGCAGAGAGCUUGUGCUGAUCGGGAGAAGGCGGCGCGGAAGGGCACCGCAGGCACGCCACGGCCCAUUGCUCCUCCAUGCCCACGUGCGCGCACACCCACCCACAUUCCACACGACCGCGUCUCAGCCGCCACCUUCUGACCAAAGAGAACCUCUGCCCCUGCCCCGGCCCCGCCUUCCCAAGAAGCAGCGUCUGGGGUUGGCUCUUCUCUGCCUUCCCCGCGGCUCGUCCAGGGGGAGGCGGGGCCUCGGGUGCAAUUCCCAGAAUGUUCCUUGCCCUUUCUCGGUGGUCACCAUUCAUUACUCAUGUUAACUUUAAUGAGUUACAUGCUCAUCAGCCACGGGCCAUCACCACCCUUACUGAUGGGUCUGAGAGGUGACAUUCCCAGCCAUCCCUUUGCUGGUAACCAGAUAAUACCCAGGAAGCGAGUAGCUCCAGUUCUGACCUCACAGGCAGCCUCUGUGUCCUUCAUUUCAGCAGAGAGUCCUGCGGAGUGGGUCCGACUGGCACCUGUGGGCUCCCAGCUAUAUUCCACCCCUGGAAGCUGAUACCUUUCUGCAGAGUCUUUUUGUGAGGAAUCAGUGGGAAGGUCUGUCAAGAAUGCAGGUUCCUGUGCAGAAAAUGGAUAUAAAUUUUGAUUGUUUUCAUAGAACUAGAGCCAUGGGUAAGCCAAACACUUAAAGCCUAUAGAUGGUGGCUUUUUAAACAUGAAUAUUCAAAAAAAAAAAUUUUUUUUUGAGUUUGGCCGGAUUCUAUUUCCCCCUUUUUGUUUAAGUAUUAGGUCCAUUCUGUUGAAAUGAUGGCAAGGAGGGGCCCAAGGUGACUAGGUAACUCAGCUGAAGGUGCAGAGAGAAUUGCAGAGAAAGGAAGCCCAGUUGUCAGAAGCCUGGUACAGGACUACUUCACUGUUCUCUGCUCCUAACACAUGAACUGGGGGGUCCUGGGUAUUUGGUAUUAAACAAGCACAGUGCAAGGCACAAGGAAGCAUCAGCAACCAAGGUAGUCUCUGCCCUCUGCAGCUCACACACUGGUGUGAUCAGAAUCUGAAUUGGGACCUGCCUGGUAGGCUCCAUGGAACAGCUUUUCUGGGGAGUGGGCUUGAUGACAGAGCUUUACUGUCUAAUGCUGGCAUCUUCUAGCCUGGUGGUGCUCUGUACUUGGUAAUCCUGAUCACCUUUGGCAUUCUUGUUUCCAUGGAAAGAGCAAGGGACUAGGGGUCAGGAGACCUGAGAGCCAGUUCUGAAGCUGCUGUUAACUGAGUAACCUUGGCCUAAUCUCUUUACAUUCCUCACCUCCAAUUUUCUGGCCUGUAAAAUGAGGGGGAAAGGUUGCACCAACCUAGAACUGCUCUCAUUUGCUGUACCUGCUUGGUGGGGGCUGGGGGAGAGAGCUCACCCCUAGCAAGGACUUGGGAACAGUGGUUAGCAUGUUGGGGGAUAGGGGAUUCUCCUAUUCAAAGAAGCUUUUGCCAUGGGCUUCAUUAUCUUGUCAGAAGUGUGAAUUAGUUCCCAACAGGGACCCCUUCAUCCCAAAUAGCAACAAAAAGCACACUCUAAACCAGAGCAAAAUCAAUGUGGUGGGUUAGCCUUUAGCCUUUGGGUCAUGCGUGGUGCUCCCCACAUAAUUCCGACAGUUUGCAAAAGUGUCUCUUGCCAGGGCAGGGCAUGGUGCGUUUCCUUUACUGUGUGCCCAGGUUUCAGGCCACUACUCUCUGGGAAAAUGGGAGCAGGCACCCUCCACCCCAGUCCUCAGGAACAUCCCCCUGGCCCAGGGACUGCCUGUUCCCCUUACCAAGGAGUGAGCACAGCUGACCCUGUUGGGUAGCAGCCAUUUGCAAGGGGAACUGGUGGCGUGAAGAGGAGUAAAGCAGUUUUGACAAAUUCUGGUCUUGAAGAGGUUCUUGCAAUUCUGGGUGAGCCAUGGUCUCCUUCCUUAUGGAGGGCCCAGCCUGCAUCCAAAAUCCUGGAUCCCUCAAAGUCCAGCCUCAGAGUUUGCAUGAAGCAAAAACCAUAAGUUAGAAAGGAGAAAGGUCAGGGUUGGGAGCAGUGCUCUGUGCUCACAAAUGUCUUGCUUGGAAUGAAGGGGCUAGUUUGACUGUCCUGUCUCUGGGCAGUAUGUUCCCUCCUUAUCCCAGCAGUUGCCUCUCCCCUCAUGGUGUUGACGGGAGCCUUUUCUGCUUACAGCAUGGAGCAUAUUGCACCAGGCCCUCUUGCCUCCUGCCCUCUUAUUAACCUGUGGAUGCUCUGUCAGGAGCCAUGAGUCCUGGGCUCCUUAAGAUGGAAUUGGAGGGCCUGUCAGUAUAUUUGACCCAUGUACAUAGCAAUAUUGGCCAUUGGGGUUUGAAGAAAACCACAUGAAAGCCAAGACCCCAUUUGGAGUGAACUGGCUCAGUAACUGCCUUGCUCUUUUCUGUGUGGACAGUCGUGUCCACAGGGCUGAACUCCAGGCCCUCCCAAGCCUUCCCUGCCACGUUAGUGCUGUCUAACCUGAGCCUGGUCGCCACUCUGCCUCCAGGCCAUUCUGCAUGUUGAGAAUCACCUGGAGGGAUCAGUGAAGCUGCUGAUCCUGGUGCAACCUGUGAGAAGGCUGUGAUGGACGCUGAAGUGCACAGACCAGGGGAUGUGAUUGGAAAGGCAUUUAUUUUUGUGAAGAGGCUAUCAAAUUAGCAUUUAAAUAUCCCCUUCCUUUCUCCUGGCCUCCCCCUCCCCACAGGGUUUCUCUGUCCCCAAGGUCAGAUUUUCUGAAUGGCAUCAGCUCACCUUUGUCUGCUGGGUCCUGACACUGCACCUCUGGGCUGGUGGAGGGGCCUGAGAACUGGGGGGCAGGAUCCCAUUUUCUUGCAUCACUGUGAGGGAGCUCCAGGCCCUGUCCCUGGAGAAAUAAUUGCUGUGCAGAAGUCACAGGCCAUACUGGGCAGUUUUGGUAUAAGCCUGCCCUUAAAAAUAAUAAUAAUAAUGGUAGCUCCAUUUGCAUAGAAUUAUCACUCAUUCCUACCAGUCCACUGUCCUGCUGUCCCCGUCCUUGGCUUUUUGCUGGCCCCAAAUCACGGACGGCCCUUUGAGUGUUGGUAGGCCCUGGGCUCUUCAGACGCUGCUGCUUGGGAAUAUUCCUAACUCUGGGGAGACAGCAGCCAAAUUGCCAAUACAAUCAAACUCUUGACACAAUCUUGUUAGCAGUAGUGACCCAGAAGAUUUUGCUGCCUACAGUUUCACCAGAAAGAGGCCCAGGGCUCCCUGUGGUCACAUUUUCUACCCAAGCUAUUCCUGGGAUUGCGACUGCCAUUUCUGGCUCCAGUUGAAUUUUCUCCACCCAAACCCCAAUAAUAAAUGGAUCCAUGAUGAUAAUUAAGAGAAGAGGAAAAAAAAUAUUAUUUUUGUUAGGACAAACCAUUGUAGAUUUUUAGCAAUGUGUAUCUGUGUGUCCCUCACACCUUUUUCCUAUUCUGCCUUUUUUUUUUUCCUUUUUUUAAAAUAUUAUGUACUAUAUUUUUAGUCUCAAACACACUAUAUAUUAUAUAUAUUUAAUUUUUUUAUAUAUAUAAAUAUAAAUGUUUUAAAAAGU